CAAUUAUCUUAAUCUAAAAUCUUAAUCUAAUCUCCAUCUCCCUCUGCCUCAGCUCGCACACAUGCUGCUCGCAUUCCCCGCAGCUUUCGCUUUUGUCGAGUUCCCAGCCUUUUCAAGCGCACACUUUUCCCUGCAACUUUUCUCUACCACUUUCUCGCACUUCCCCUCCAACCAAACACUCCCCAAAACCCAAAACCUCUCUCUCUCUCUCUCUCCCCUGCUUCACUCCAGACAAAGAAAGCUCGCAUUUUUCUUCCUCACCCUCUGAGAAAGUCCCUCGCUUUCUCGGCCAUUUUCCCGCAUUUUCCCGUCGCUUUCCUUCGUUUUCUUUGCGUUCCCACAAAAGCAUGGCUCCCCUCCUUCUUGUCUACUCCCUCCUCUUCUUCCUCCUCCCGCGUUCCCUCGCCGUGCCCGCUCCCGAGCUCGCCGCCCUCAUGGCCAUGAAGUCGUCCCUCGACCCGGAGGGCCGGGUCCUGACCUCUUGGGCCCUCGGCGCGGACCCGUGCGGCGGAGGGUCGUUCGAGGGCGUGGCGUGCGGGAUGGGCCGCGUGACGAACGUCUCGCUGCAGGGGAAGGGGCUGACCGGGAGGCUGCCGGCCGCGGUCGGCGGGCUCCGGAGCUUGACGGGCCUGUACUUGCAUUUCAACGCGUUGAGUGGAGAGAUACCGAAGGAGAUUGGGGAGCUGAGCUCGCUCAGCGACCUGUAUCUCAACGUCAACAACCUCUCCGGGGAGAUUCCUCCCGAGAUUGGCAACUUGUCAAACCUUCAAGUUCUGCAGCUGUGUUACAACAAAUUGGAGGGGAGUCUGCCAACCCAGCUGGGAUCUAUGAAGAAGCUUAGUGUACUCGCAUUUCAAUAUAACCAACUAGCUGGUGCAAUUCCUGCGACCUUGGGGGAUUUGGAGAAUUUAACGAGGUUGGACAUGAGCUUCAACAAUCUUUUCGGUUCCAUUCCCACUAGAUUGGCUGAUGUUCCCCUGCUUGAGUUUUUGGACAUCAGAAACAAUAGCCUUUCGGGCAAUGUAUCUCCAGCUUUGAAGAGGCUCAAUGCUGGCUUCCGAUAUGAGAACAACUACGGACUGUGUGGAAAUGGUUUUCCCGACUUGGAAAUCUGUGGUUCGCCCGACCUUAUAAAUCCAAACAGACCUGAAGCUUUCGGACCAAAAAACCAUUCUACUAAAGACAUUCCGGAGUCUGCUAAAGUACCGUCAAAUUGCAGUGAAGCUCGCUGUUCUAAUCCUUCCAAAAGCCCGCAAGCCAGUUUAGUUGUUGGGGUGAUUGGAACUAUUGUUGCAUUAACAGUGAUUGGACUUUUUGCUUUCUCUGCUUACCGUCGCCGGAAGCAGAAAAUUGGUAGUACUUUCGACACAUCGGAUAGCCGUCUUAGUACUGAUCAGGUGAAGGAGGUUUACAGAAGAAGUGCCUCUCCUCUAAUCAACUUGGAGUAUUCCAGUGGAUGGGACCCACUGGCUAAAGGCGGAACUGGUUUCUCUCAAGAAGUAUUCGAGAGCUUUAUGUUCAACUUGGAAGAUGUGGAACGUGCGACUCACUGCUUCUCCGAGACGAACUUACUGGGGAAGAGUAAUUUCUCUGCCACUUAUAAGGGGAUACUGAGAGAUGGGUCGGUUGUCGCUGUGAAGUGCAUUGCCAAGACAAGUUGCCGGACUGAUGAAGCCGAGUUUCUCAAGGGCCUGAAGCUACUAACGUCGCUGAAGCACACAAAUCUAGUUAGGUUAAGGGGCUUUUGCUGUUCAAAAGGAAGAGGUGAAUGUUUCCUGAUCUAUGAAUUUGUUGCAAAUGGAAACUUACUUCAAUAUCUCGAUGUGAACAAAGGAAGCGACAAAGUGCUUGAAUGGUCCACGAGGGUUUCCAUCAUCAAUGGCAUAGCUGAAGGCAUCAAAUACAUACAUGCGAAUAAAGGGAAAAAGCCUGCUAUUGUUCACCAGAACAUAUGCGCGGAGAAAGUCCUUAUUGACCACUGGAACAAUCCCUUGCUAUCUGAUUCCGGCCUUCAUAAACUUCUUGCGGAUGACAUCGUGUUCUCAACGCUUAAAGCCAGUGCUGCCAUGGGAUAUCUUGCUCCUGAGUACACCACCACCGGUCGCUUCACUGAAAAGAGCGAUGUGUACGCAUUCGGCAAACUUGUCCUCCAAAUCAUCAUUGGUAAGCGCAACAUCACCCCUGGCAUGUGGCAAGGAGCGGAAAACUGUAAGUUUGAAGACUUCAUGGAUCCGAAUCUCGAGGGCAAUUUUUCAGAACGUGAGGCAGCCAAACUAGUGGCUAUUGCUUUGCGUUGUAUCCAGGAAUCUCCAUUCUGCAGACCAUCAAUGGAGAAUGUCGUUCAAGAAUUGAGUAGAUUGAGUUGAAGAUCUUGACUUCUAGAUAGGAUUAAUUCUUGUCUCACUUUUUCCAAUGAUUAGAGGCAAGCUAAGUUCCAUUUCUUACUCCUCUCCCUAAAUGAUGAAGCUGUAGGUGACUUGUAUGUAUGCCAUUCCGCACUGUACUUUAAUUAGUCAUCUCUUUUACUGUGGCUUGUGUACUAAUGUGUUGUAAGAUGAAGGACCUUAAGAUGCAAUCAUUAGAGAAUUAGGCCUUUGUUUAA